CUCCUCCUCCUCCUCUUCCUGGCUGAAAGGGGAGUCGAGGAGUUCUUCGUCUGCCGGGCACCACUCGCCUUCCUUCCCCCGCCAGGCAUGAACAGGGUGUGGUCGGCGUUCAGGGCCCGCCCGUACCUGGGCAACGUGGCGGGCUACACGGCGCUGUUCGCCUCCGCCGACGUCUUCCAGCAGAGCGUGCUGGGCCGGCGAGGCUCGCCCGGCGUGGACUGGCGCCAGACGGCCCGGGUGGCCGCCGUGGGCUUCUGUUUCCACGCCAACUUCAACUACCAAUGGCUGCGCUGGCUGGAGAGGAGGCUGCCCGGGGGCGGAGCCAAGGCGGUGGUGGGGAAGGUGGUGGUGGAUCAGCUGGUGGCGGCGCCGCUAACCAUCAGCGCCUUUUACAUCGGUUUAAGUUUACUAGAAGACAAAGAAGACAUCUUUGAAGACUGGAGGCAGAAAUUCUGGACGUCUUACAAGACAGGUGUGCUGUUCUGGUCAAGCGUGCAGGCGAUCAACUUCUCGGUGGUCCCGGGCGUGGCCCGCACGGUGUUCCUGGGAGGCGGGUCCCUCCUCUUCACCAUCUACCUGUGCCACCUGCGCCAGCAUCAGCAUCAGGACCUCCAAGUCCAAAACAAAUGAAGGUGUUCCUGAGGUCAAAGAUCUCUGCAGGGGUUCCUCACCUUUUGGAGCUGGGGGCCCCACUUUUCCACUACAGGGGGGCCCGGGGCCCGUUCACUCAGGAACGUGAAGAGUGGUCUGACUCUUGAUGGGAAUCCUUUACAUUUCCACCUCGUCAAGCGACAUGAAUUCAUGUGUUCAUCACAAGGAUUGCGAUGUAGGCUCGGGUCAGGCUGAUUACUGCCACAAGUGGUGGAAAAGUGCAUUACAACAGUGGGUACUCAGCCCUAUGGUAAAGAAACCCUUCCCCUACAAGCUGAGAUAUAUGUGUCCAAGAUGUGAUGAUGAUGAUGAUGUCAUCAUGCUUCUUGUCUUUCUGGCUUUCAAAAUAAACUAUCUACUGCUUGUGAAGUGAAA